GCGCUGCGCGAGAGCCGAGAGGCUUCUCCCGCGCCUGCGCAGUGGGUCUCGGGGCGCCCGGUGCUCCCCUGCUCGCCCAGUGGGGCCCCGGGCCUGACUCGGCCGCCCCGUCGGGCCUACUGGCGCUACCCUCUGGGCCCAGUUUCUCGGCUCCGCGUACGUUAGGUGCCAACCACGGCUUCCAGGGCAAAGGGGGCGUCCGAAUCCUAGGACCGAGUUCAUAGGUAAUAGGAGGUUCUUGGAUGUUUGCAUUUGAGGAAAGCUGGUCGAGGCGUUUGCCGUGAGGCUUAGAAAGCACCCGUGAACACGGCCGUGGCCGAGACGUGGGCUCUGGUAAAUGACUGUGAAAGAGCGAAUGAAUUAAUGACUAAACACUAUUGCGAGGUCCUACAGCGCAGAGUGAGCAAUGUCGCCGUGACGGGCCAGGAGCAUCCGCACAGCAAACCCUGAGACUGCGCCUGGUGUGGGCCAGUCUCCCUUCCAAUAUGUACUCGGUUAAACUCACAACAGCCCACGGAUCUUCAGUUUAGAUCUUGGAGGUAUAUCAACUGUGGUUCUAAAUGGCUAUGAAGUAGUAAAGGAAUGCCUUGUUCACCAAAGUGAAAUUUUUGCAGACAGACCAUGCCUUCCUUUAUUUAUGAAGAUGACAAAAAUGGGAGGCUUACUUAAUUCCAGAUAUGGCCGAGGAUGGGUUGAUCACAGAAGAUUAGCUGUAAACAGCUUUCGCUAUUUUGGAUAUGGCCAAAAGUCUUUUGAAUCUAAAAUCUUAGAAGAAACCAAAUUUUUCAUUGAUGCUGUUGAAACAUACAAAGGUAGACCUUUUGACUUUAAACAAUUAAUAACAAAUGCUGUUUCAAACAUAACCAACCUGAUCCUUUUUGGAGAACGAUUCACUUAUGAAGACACUGAUUUUCAGCACAUGAUUGAGUUAUUUAGUGAAAAUGUGGAACUUGCUGCCAGUGCCUCAGUCUUCCUGUAUAACGCCUUUCCUUGGAUUGGCAUCUUACCUUUUGGAAAACAUCAACAGCUGUUUAGAAAUGCAGCUGUGGUCUAUGAUUUUCUCUCCAGGCUUAUUGAAAAAGCUUCUGUCAACAGAAAGCCUCAGUCACCUCAGCAUUUUGUUGAUGCUUAUUUAGAUGAGAUGGAUCAAGGUAAAAAUGACCCAUCAUCUACUUUCUCCAAAGAAAACCUAAUUUUCUCCGUGGGUGAACUCAUCAUUGCUGGAACCGAAACUACAACCAAUGUGCUACGGUGGGCAAUUCUUUUCAUGGCCCUUUAUCCUAACAUUCAAGGACAAGUUCAGAAGGAGAUUGAUUUAAUUAUGGGACCCAGUGGGAAGCCUUCUUGGGACAACAAAUGCAAAAUGCCUUAUACUGAGGCAGUUUUGCAUGAAGUUUUAAGAUUCUGUAAUGUAGUGCCAUUAGGGAUUUUCCAUGCAACCUCUGAAGAUACAGCUGUACGUGGUUAUUCCAUUCCUAAAGGCACAACAGUCAUUACAAAUCUUUAUUCUGUACACUUUGAUGAAAAGUACUGGAGAGACCCAGAAAUAUUCUGUCCUGAGCGAUUUCUAGACAGCAGUGGAUAUUUUUCCAAGAAGGAAGCUUUGGUUCCAUUUUCCCUAGGAAGAAGACAUUGUCUUGGAGAACAGCUGGCUCGGAUGGAAAUGUUCCUGUUUUUUACAGCAUUACUUCAGCGGUUUCACUUGCAUUUCCCACAUGAACUGGUUCCAAAUUUGAAGCCCAGGUUAGGCAUGACAUUGCAACCCCAGCCCUACCUCAUCUGUGUGGAAAGACGCUGAAAGUCCAUGGAUGUUGUGUGGAACAAGACUGUAUGUUUGCCUCACCCCUGAACCUCAUUUAAUCUACUCAGUGUGUGUUUUUGGACAAAAGUCACAACAUCAUAAAG